GACAACCUCAAAUUCACAUGGCACGCUGAUAAUUGUGUUAAGACAUAUUUGACGAAACAAUACACAUUGAAUAUAUGUUUUUACUAUCUUCGCAAAUAUAACCCACAUUAUAAAGUCAACGCCAAGAGAAAAAAGUCGAAAAAUAAAUAUUCGCGAAAAUUAUUUGAUUUGAAGUAUGAUUUCCAACAUGCUGCAGGUCAAAAUAUAAUGUACGCUUGUGUAACAUUCGGCGAUAAUAACUAAUACAAUUUGUAAGGUCGGACAGACGCUUUAAUCAAGACGCGAGUGAUUAGAUAGGAGCAUGGCGUUGAUCUGCUAGACAUUGGACGUUGAAAACAUACAACAGGUUUCUAUAGAAGGGUUGUCAUGUAAAUUUUGUGAAAAAAUGACAUAACAAGACUCGUUUUUGGAUCGACCACACAUAUAAGGAAAAGCUCUCAAAGUUAAGGACACCGAGAAGGAAAAGUUGUGCGGGAUGGCGUCAUGUCGACCCAAAAGACUGAACUGUUGUUCAAAUCUCGCGGGAUUCACGUUCCUUUUCGGGAUGACAGCACUGAUGACGUCGACAUGUAGUACGUAUAUGUCGUCACAGUUGACAACGCUAGAGAAAUAUUUCGGAUUUUCUAGCUCUCAGAGCGGAUUCCUUCUGAGUUGUAAUGAUAUUGGAUUUCUCACUACCACGUUGAUUGUAAGCCAUUUUGCAAGAAAAAUCCAUAUCCCUAGAGUACUAAGUGUGUCGACAAUGUUUUUCGGAGUGGCUGCAAUCGUUUGUUCGAUAGCUUAUUUUGGAUCAAUUUCUGAAAAGAAUCGUCCAAGCUUUUUGAUAAAAUCAUCCAAUGCUGAUAUACUUGGCUUAAACACAUCGUUGUCAAAUAUGUCGAUGUUCUAUGGGCAAUCACAACAAAUAUGCGAUGGAAAUAGAACCGGAACAGGAAAUUUAACUAACGCAUGCGCGGACGAAAUUUCCACAGAGUCUGGCAAAAUCGGCGCACCUAACAGGUUUACGAAGACGGCAUUUGCAAUCAUAGCUGUUGGGUUGAUCCUUCAGGGUAUAAGUAAAUCACCCAGAUCGCCUCUGAUGUCCACCUAUAUUGAUGAUAACGGCACCAAAACUAAAACAGCUCUCUACGUAGGAAUAAUUUCCAGCAUGGGCAUUUUCGGCCCCGCAAUCGCUUUUGGUCUCGGCGGUCUCUUCACCAGGAUCUACGUCACGCUUGAAGACGUGCCGAUCUCGCCGUAUCAUCCCCGAUGGAUAGGAGCUUGGUGGAUUGGAUUCCUCCUUUUCGGCUGUCUGUCUAUUCUUGCUAGUCUUCCGCUGCUAUGUUUUCCGCGCAGACUCAGACCACCAGUUGUUUUGAAACACAAGAAUACGACGUUUAACUUCAAAGACUUCAUGAAAGACCUCUAUGAGCUAAUUCGGAACCCGGUGUAUAUGCUGAUGAUUCUCUGUGGCUGCUUCGAUAUUUUUGCGGUGUCGGCCUUCAUCUCAUUUACGCCGAAAUAUCUGGAGACUCAGUUUGCACUUCCGGUUUGGCUUGCAAAUAUAUUAAUGGGAAUGCUUGGAAUUUUGUCUGCUGGAAUUGGUACGCUGGUUGGUGGAGUUAUAGUGUCAAAGUUCAAGUUUUCACCUUUGACCUGUCUCAAGUGCACUAUGGUAACAAACGCAAUUUUUGCUCUCGCCAAUUCUACCACCUUUUUUCUCGGUUGUUCCAAUCCACGGAUCGUCAACUACAACAACCAGAUGGAUACAAACAGUAGUUGUGCUGCGCAAUGUAACUGUGACGUCAUGGACUAUUUUCCGUUAUGUGGGUCAGAUGGACAGAACUACUUUUCUCCGUGCCAAGCCGGAUGUACUGGUAAAGACCAGCUUCUUUACACGAACUGCGCAUGUGUCAGCGGUAACGCAACAGCCACACCUGGUCUGUGCCCUUCUGACUGUAACACAUGGAACCUGUACGGUUUUUUAGCGAUGUCUUUUAUCGGUUCCUUCGUGGCCUGCAUCGGUAUAAUGCCUGGAUUUAUCUUUGUGAUAAGAAGUGUAAAUGACAGACAAAAACCACUGGCUCUCGGACUGGGCUCAUUCCUGUAUUCUAUACUCGGGUGGCUGCCGGCGCCGAUGAUAUUUGGUAGCAUAGUAGACUCUUGUUGUAAAGUUUGGAGUUCAAGAUGCCAAGAGCAAGGCGCAUGCGCAAAAUAUGACAUAGAAGACUUCCGGAUUAAACGGUCAUCAUUUGAAAUCCUCUGUAACCUCAUGGUGAUUAGUAUACAAUGUGUGGUACUCUUUCUUGCCCGGAGGAAGAAGGACUGGAGUACGGAGGACAAAUCAGGCGAUAUUGGUUUACACGAGACAGAUGGUCCGAUGGGGAAUCAACGAAACAAUUUCGAACGCGCUCCUUUCAUAGACCGAAUUUAUAAAGUACAGAAAAAUCAGUAAUUAACAACUGUUUGAACAUUAGAUGUAAAAGACUUUUUUCGUAUUUAACUAGAAUUUAACAGUUGAAUAAUGUACUUGCUAUUAUAGGCCAUUUUGAAGAAUAAAAGUCAUGGCUCUUUUUCU